AUGCUUAAACGUAAAACUGCUGCUGAAUAUUUCGAGAGAAAUCUUGAACUUUGUUGUGAUACAAUAAGAAACACAUCUUUAAGUACAUUUUUAUCAUCGUCGUCAAGUCUUUUAUCGGUUUAUGAAAAUUAUCGUCGUGCAUUUGGUUAUAAUAGCUUAGCCUUCUUUCUGUCUUCAAUAGUUGGUUUUGGACAUUUUGGUGGUUAUUCAUUAACUUAUAGUCGAAAGACAAACAGUUACAAACCAAUAACUUCCAAAAAGAGUCGUUACAUCCAGAAGGUGUACGACGCAACAACAACAGCUGAAAAGAUAAUAAUAAAACAAAAAUCUGUUGAAGAACAACUUGAUUUAGCUUCUUUUGCUAUGAAAUCUCAAAAUACAAAAGUUACCGAACAUUUACCAACACCUUUACCUGAUGAAAUCUUGCACCCAAUUGUUAAAGAAACAAUAUGGGAUAUUCAAUGCAUGUCUUUUGACUUACUUUAA